CAGGAUGGACUGAGUUGGUUUCUGUGAAGGGGUGGGGGCACACAGGAAGGCGGAAGUAAUCGACUGUUUGCCUGAAAGACAGAAGAAGUGGUAAAGUUAAGAGAGGAAGACAGAGAAGAGCAGGGGCAGACAGACCAACGAAGGGACUGCCAGGCGGACAGCAGCCACUGGGGAGAGAUGUCUCUGAAGCUUCCUCGCAACUGGGAUUUUAACCUGCGACCUGAUGCCAAUAAAAUCGCGCGCUCCAAGAGCAUGAUGCCGGCGGAGUCAUCCUCGGGGCCGGUUCACCCAGGGUCAGCCAGUCACUUGGAGAGGCCACUGAAGACUGGCUGGCUGAAAAAGCAGAGAUCAAUUGUCAAGAACUGGCAGAUGAAGUUCUUCGUCCUGAGAGGCAGCAUUCUGUACUACUACAAGGAUGACAAGGACACCGCCAUUCAGGGUAGCAUUCCACUGCAAGGCACCCAAGUGAAUGAACUUCUUUCAAAUCCAGACGAGGCGGGCAAGUUCCAGUUUGAAAUUUCCCCCGUUAAUGCUGAUCGGGAUCGGGUAUACCAGGACUCCCAUGUUUUGAUGGCCAACUCCCAGAAUGAGAUGGAAGAGUGGGUGAAAACAAUCCGUAGGGUCAUGGGGACCCCUUCAAGUGGAGUUGUGUUUGGCCAGCGACUUGCUGACACAAUACUUUAUGAGCAGAAAUUUGAACAACACCAGGUCCCUAUCCUGGUAGAGAAAUGUGUUGAGUUCAUCCGUGAGCAUGGCCUCAGCGAAGAAGGAAUCUUUCGACUUCCUGGGCAGGACAACCAGGUGAAGCAGUUCCGAGAUGCCUUUGAUGCUGGGGAACGACCUUCAUUUCCCAGUGAGACAGAUGUCCACACAGUGGCCUCAUUGUUCAAGCUGUAUCUUCGGGAGCUUCCAGAGCCUGUCAUCCCCUGGUCUCAAUACGAUGACUUCCUUAACUGCAGUCAGCACUUGAAUGUUACUGACAUGACGGGUUGGGAGCAUUUGGAGAAGCAAAUUGCCCUUCUACCACCGGAGAACUACAGCCUUCUCAGCUACAUUUGCAGGUUUCUGUAUGAAGUUCAGCUGAACUCAAGUGUCAAUAAAAUGAGUGUGGAGAACCUGGCCACAGUGAUUGGAGUCAAUAUUCUAAGGCCAAGGGUGGAAGAUCCUUUUAGCAUUAUGAAAGGGACACUCCAGAUCCAGAAGCUAAUGACAGUGAUAAUCAGUCAUCACAAGGAACUCUUCCCUAAAUCAAAGGACAUCCCUCCUCUCUCUCCUGUUGUAAAAAAUGACAACAAAAAAUCUAAUGUUCCUCGCAGCUCAGUGGGGUGGGAUGUAGCAGAGGACCCAACCCAGAGUGUGACAAAUAAUGUGAAAGAAGGACAGGUACUAUCCGAGUCAGCCGAGGACCUCACAUCAUGUGGUAGUGCUGCAUGGGGAGAACGGGGCAAUGAUGAGAAAGGCUCUUUGUCAUUUAAGCUCCGGAAGAGGACACAAACAUUACCAUCCCGGAGAUGCACCUUCAGUUCCCAAGGGGAAGAAAAUGGCUGUACAGAGGCAACUGGAAAAAGAGUUGGGGUAUUCAGCAAUGAUUUCUGGAAUUUAGAGCCUUCUUCUGCAAGUUCAGAAGCUGAUAAAAAUACUCUGUCAGAGGACAUCUUUUCAGCUUUGCAGUGGCAAAAUGUCUCCAAGUGUCAAAGGUCUUCUGUGCUGAACAAGUCAUUUCAUUCUGAUGGUGCUGAGGUAAGACGUCAUUACGGUGGAACAUGGGAGGCACAACCCAAACCCCCUCAACCUAAAAUGGAAAACAAAAGUACCACACCAAACUUAACUCCUGCUCCCAGCAGUCCAUCUACAACGAGCCGAGAAUUACUGAUCCCAAAGUUAUCUGAUUCAGGUGAGAACAACAUAGCAAGGAAGGACAUGAGAAGAUCCCUUCAUGCUGAGGAAUUAGAUACUGAAAAAGGAGAAUGUAAAACGGCAUCAUAUGAAAUUCAAGUGAGCAGCCUACAGAAGAAAAACCAGGAAUUGUGCAGCAAAGUGGAAGAGCUGGAGAAGGAGCUGAUGCAGGAAAAACAGAGAAAUAAAGAGCUGGAGAUCAGAAUCCGCAACAUGGAGGCUGCACAUAAAGAAGCAGAAAGACAGAAUCAGGAGCUAGACAAAGUCCUUCAGUCUUUCACCAGCCAAAAACUGAAAGGAAGAGUCACAAUGCCAAUAUGAAAGCAACUGGAACAGGAGUGCUGCGCCAGGAACACACAUCAGUGUUUAUUUUUUUUUUUUUUGUUUUUUUUCUGACAGGAUAUGAGACAAGCUUAUGAUGACUUGAAAGCAUAUGGAAAAGCCUAGAUGGGCUGUCACGUCUUUUCCGGCUUAAGAGGCUUUCUCACGCUGUUCUCUGUCACUCGCUUGUAUACCUGUUUUCAAUAAAGUCAGCUUGACCAGCAAGCUCUGAGGUGGCGUCACCUGACAAAACAAAAACAACCCACUGCAGCCUGGAAAUCCUUCAGUAGUUGAGUUAUGUCACAGUUCAAGAAAAGGAAGCGGCUCCGAUAAUCAGCACUUGCAGUUUCUUUGGCAUGUGAGAGGCAGGCCAAGGUCAGUUUCCUUUCCGGUACAUUCCCGAUCUCACAAGAGACAUUUGGGAUCCAGCUUUGUGGAAUGUUCUGCAUAUCCUGUGAGAAUCAGCAGUGGACUGAAUGAAGUCAGCCUCAGUGAUGAUUUAUGUUUCUCCUUUUUUUUUCCUUACAUCCAAAUAAUGUGAAAGACUGAGCAAUUCAGUUCAAGCUGAUUCUGGGUUGUGAUCGAAAAUAAAUUCAAGUGACCCUUAAAGGGAGGACAAGUAGGGUGUGGACUUCACAUUAUUAAAGGGCGGAUUUUAGCCUCGUGGUAAAUGAAAACUUCUGUCAAAAGGUUAAAACUGUUCAUGUAAAGUCAUAUGGUGUAUAUUUUUCUGCCCUACCAUUAUUUAGUGUUCAAGUUGUUAUGUAUUUGUGACAUUACGGAAAGCAAUUCAUGUUAUGAAAACCAGAAUUGAGAAUUAAAAUCAAAUGCCUGU